AUGGGUCAUCAAGUAGCGCGUGCACGAGAGGAAGGCACGACUGAGAUGGAAACGCGUCCCUCCUUCGCACCCCAUCGAACUUCUCAGACUUCUCAUCCAUCCAACUCUUCAUCUCCCAUCUUGCAUCCCACUAUGACCUCUGACAACGCUGUGUUAUCCUCGGUCAAUUUUCAAACCCGUCGUGAAGCUCUAAGCUCCGAGUCCAGCAACUCAUCAAAAGCAACAACAACAUCUGUGUUGAGUAUCAAAACAGAAACACCCAGCUCAUUAUCUCCUACUUUAUCUCUUUCACCCAAUUACCCCGAGGAUAUUGACCUUGGGGUGGAUCCGAUAACCCUCCCAUCCACCUACAUCCUUGACCGACCCUCCUCCUUUAACCAACUUUGCGAAUAUCUAGACGAGCUCAAAGACAAGCUCAAUGAGCACGAGAUCUUGUACAAGAUCAUGCCGUACCACUACCAUGAGAAAAUCAGCAGGCAAUUUGAUAUCUGGAUCAACAGUGCCCUGUGUAACAUGGGAUUGAACUUCCUGAACCACUAA